AUGACGUGUUUCUUUAGGUUCCUAACCUCAAAAAAAAAAUUCUAUUUCUGACCCAUUUUGUAAUUUUUUUACUUUUAAAUGUGAAUUUUGAAAUUAUUUAUUGGUUAACAAUCUAUUGAACAUGGCGGCAGCUGCUCGAAAAUUACUGUUUUUGCAAAACCGCUUUGCCGUAAAAACCAGGAAAUUCUUUAACACCAUGUUUAGUGACAAAUAUUUGUUGUAUACAAAUGUGGGGCUCUCGUUAAGUCUUUCCGGUCUGGGCGACCUCAUUGAGCAAAAGUACGAAAUUUACAGUAAAGAAAUUACAGAAUGGGACAAGAAAAGAACAUUAGACAUGACUUUAUCGGGUACAACUGUUGGGGUUGUAUGCCACUAUUGGUAUAUGUUCUUGGAUAGAACCAUACCUGGCUAUACAGUGAGAAUAGUAUUUAAGAAAAUUAUAGUCGAUCAGCUGAUAGGCAGCCCACUGGCAAUAUCAACUUUCUUUGGCUCAAUAGCACUCUUGGAAGGAUCUACAAUGCAAGAAUUUAUCACCGAAGUAAAGCAAAAAGCUUGGAGGUUAUAUGCAGCCGAGUGGAUGAUUUGGCCUCCAUGUCAGUUUUUAAACUUUUAUGUAUUGUCUACUAAAUAUAGAGUACUUUUUGACAAUUUAGUCUCUUUAGGGUAUGAUGUGUAUACCUCCCGUGUUAAACAUCAUAAUUAUUCAAGUUCUGAAGAAUGUGUCGAGGAAACCUAUUAUGCAGAGGUAGAUUAAACAAAUAUUAAGGAACUUAGGAACAAAUUGUAAACAAUAAGUUUUAAUAGACAAUCUGCUGUGAUACUGAGAA